AUGGCGAGCGGCAUUGGCGGCGGUGCAUUCAUUCUCAUCCGCGCCCCCAACGGGUCUGCUGAGUUCAUUGACUGCCGUGAGACUGCUCCUGCUGCUGCUCACCAGGACAUGUUUGAGGGUCACGAGGAGGACAUUCGGAAUGGGGGCCUUUCAGUGGGAGUACCUGGGGAGAUUGCAGGGCUUUACCUGGCGUGGCAGCGGUACAGCAGGCUGACGUGGCGCGAUCUCGUGACGCCAGCCGCUGACAUGGCAGAGAGUGGCUUCCAUGUGGCAGCUUACUUGGCAAACUCCAUUGCCACCUACAACGCCACCAUCCUCUCAGACCCUGGAUUAAGCACUGUUUUCGCCCCAGGAGGGAAGCUUCUGAAAAAGGGAGACACGUGCUACCGCCCCGCCCUAGCAGCCACUCUUAAAGCCAUAGCAGAAAAGGGUCCAGAUGUUUUCUAUAGAGGCGAGCGGGCGAGAGCCCUAGUUAAGGAGAUUCAGGCAAUGGGAGGGAUACUGACCGAACAGGACUUGGAAAGUUUCCAGGCGCAAGUGAGGGAGGUGCUUCUGGGGAAGGCGUUUGGGCUGGACUUUCUGAUGGCCCCUCCACCAUCGUCAGGGGGAGCAGUGAUUUUACAUGUGCUGAAGAUUCUCCAGGGGUAUGAGCUGCCCUUGGCGUCAGCGGGAGUGUUGGGAUUGCAUCGGGUGGUGGAGAGCUUGAAGCAUGCGUUUGCGCUGCGCAUGCACCUGGGGGAUCCCACCUUCGUCAACGUGACAGACGUUAUUCAAGACAUGCUCUCGGACGAGUUUGCCGCCCGGCUCCGAUCCUCCAUCCACGACAACAUCACCUUCCCGCCCGAACACUACGGCCACCCCGAGGACGAGUCAGAAGAGGACAAAAAACGCCACCCGCACCGCCACCAACUAUACGCCCAGCUAGACGACCACGGCACAUCACACACAUGUGUGGUGGAUCAGGAUAGAAUGGCUGUUUCCAUCACAUCUACAGUAAACGGCCCCUGGGGAGCGGGCAGGAUGGCGGUCCAAUCAGGAAUCGUUCUCAACAAUGAAAUGGCAGAUUUUUCGCUGCCCGACCGGCCGGGCAGGAUCCCGAUGCCGUUUGAGCCGCCGCCUGCCCCGGCUAAUUUUAUCCGGGCAGGAAAGAGACCGUUGUCGUCGAUGGCUCCUGCUAUUGUGCUACAAGACGGGCAGCUGAAAGCUGUGGUUGGUGGAGCUGGAGGAACAGUGAUUAUUUCGGCUGUUCUGCAAGUGAUCCUGCACUUCUUUUGCCAGGGUUAUUCACCCUUCAAAGCCAUCGAUGCCCCUCGCAUCCACCACCAGUUGCUCCCCAACACGGUGUUCUACGAGGCGGGCCACGCUCUCGACGAUGGAGAGCGCAUCUCUGUGCCCAACGCAACCCUCGCUGCUCUGGUCCGCCGCAACCACUCCACGUUCCCCAUUGCCUUUGGCGGCUUCGUUCAGUUUAUCGUGCAAGACCUGGACGGCCCUGCCACUGCUGCACUGAAAGAUCUGGACGGCCCUGCUGGUGCUGCUCUGCAGAAGCUUGAUGGUCUGACCGACCCGCGCAAGGAUGGUGGUCACGCUGGGUAUUGA